AUGGAGUCUAGAUUUUUUGGAUUUACUGUAAAAAAAAUUCAGAAAUUGGCUUAUAAUUUAGCCGAAGAAGCUUGUAUACCUCAUUUAUUUAAUACUAAAAUAAAAGAAGCUGGUCAAGACUGUGCAGAGCGAAGACGGCAUGUGGCUGUAGUUUGUUGUAUUGGGUUAUCUGGUCAGAGUACGCCUCCUGUUCUUAUUUUUCCUCGAAAAACUUUUAAUCCGAAUUUGUAUGAUGAAGCACCACCAGGAACUUUAAAACUUUUUAAUGACCCUGAUUACAUGGUUGGUGAAUUAUUUGUUAAAGGAGUGGAACACUUUAUACAACAUGUUAAUUCUAGUUCAACAAAUAAAGUUUUAAUGAAACUAGAUGGUCAUUCAAGUCACAAAAGUAUUGAAGCUCUUGAACUAGCCAAAAAAUCUGGUGUAAUCCUACUUUGUCUGCCACCUCAUUGCACUGGCAGACUGCAACCAUUAGAUGUUGGUAUUUUUGGUCUAGUAGAUACAUUCUAUAACAGAGAAUUCGAAAUUUGCUGUUCUUUCAGUGGCUCCAGAAAGUCUAAUAAAAAUAGAUCAACAGGGACACAAGUAUUAACUAAAAGUCUACUAAUAAAAGAACCUAAAGAAAAACAAAUUAUUAAGAAGACUAAAGAACUUAAACGACUUCAUAAAAAUAGGUCUAUUGAAGCACUGGCAGGUGGCAGAAAAAACAUUAAAGAAAUUAGAAAAUCUAAACGACCUGUAAAACAACGCCGUUUAAUUCUAGAUCCUGUUGACUAUGAAGAUGAUGAUGAUGCUGAUACAGCUUGUUUAUAUUGUAACAACUUGUAUAAGCAAUCUAAAUUACACAGCAUAUUUCAAAGUGGCCCUAAAAUAUUUAUUAACAUGGAAUAUGCAGAAAAUGGAGAUCUGCAUUCUUAUUUAAAGAAAAAAAUAUUGUCAGAGGAUCAGAUUCGUUCUUGGUUUCGACAGAUUUUGUGGGCGUUCAAGUAUAUGCAUAGUGUAGGUAUCGUUCAUCGUGAUAUCAAAUGUGAAAAUAUAUUGCUAACGGCCAAAUACAAUGUAAGAAUUGCGGAUUUUGGAUUUACACGAUUUGUUGGCCGUGGUCGCCAUCCAGGUGCAGAUACAAUAUGUGGCACGUUGUCGUACUCAUCGCCAGAACUAGUGUCAGCUUUGCGACCUUAUAACCCUAUAGCUGCUGAUAUAUGGGCCUUGGGUGUUGUAUUAUUUGUUAUGUCAAAUAACACAACUCCAUUUAAAGAUAAAAAUAAAGACGAAAUGUAUAAGAAACAGAUGUCAAAACAGUAUAAGUUUCAAGAAAUUAAAAGUCGUAGUGAUAACCUUAAAGAUCUGGUUGCAUCAUUUUUAGAACCUAACGUUGGAUUUCGGAUUCAAUUAAAGAAGGCACUACAGCAUCCUUGGCUGAAAAAUAACAAUGAGAAAACUCCAACUAACGUACGGAAAGCUAUAGAAAUUGGAUUUGCCAAGAGAAGUUUUAUGAAUAUACCAAAUAUUACAUCAACUACUUUAAAAAAUAAUGAUUCAAUUAAAUAUCAAAGAUCAAUUCUUAUAGAGUCUACUAGUGUUUUCAACGAAAUAUUUGAGGAUGAAGAAAUUGAAGAUGAAGAUAUGUUUUUUAAUUGA